UUGUCCGUCUAUUUCCUUGAAACUGUCGCGUUUCCGAGGGUCCUGAACGUCUCAAAUUAAGGGGCGGGCUUAGUAAAGUUUUCAGGAAGCAGUUUCACGUCUCAAACAGAAAGUUGUUUUUUUUUUUCCGGCUUAGUUUUCCAGCUUUUUUCGUCGUUGUUGUUAGUAAUUAAGAGUAAAGAGACAGGAAAUGCAAAGCAACGCAUAUGGAGCCCCGCUGGCCGGUGGCGCGUUCGACUUGGAGGGUUUUCUGAAAAAGCCUCAGACGAUUCUGCGAUGCCUGAGUUGGCUCUUUGCCAUCGUGGUGUUUGCCACCAUCACGGCGGAGGGCUACGUCAACAACUCCUCGGAGCCGGAGCCCACGUGCAUGUUCAACCGGCGGGAUAGCGCGUGCAGCUACGGCGUGGGGAUCGGCGUGCUGGCCUUCCUGGCGUGUGUGGCCUUCCUGGUGCUGGACGCCUACUUCCCGCAGAUCAGCAACGCCAAGGAGAGGAAGUACAUCAUCAUCGGGGACUUGGGCUUCUCAGCGGCGUGGACGUUGCUGUGGUUCAUCUGCUUCUGCGUCCUGGCCCACCAGUGGUCUCGGACCACCAGCCUCGCUGUGCCGGCUGAUGCCGCUCGCGCCGUGGUGGCGUUCUCCUUCUUCUCCAUCCUCACCUGGGCUCUGCUGUCCUAUUUGGCCUACGAGCGGUAUCGCCAAGGCCUGAGCGACUUGAAUCAGCAGUACGCAGACCCCGCUGGGGACCCCGCGUACCCUCCUGCCCCCUACUCCACCGGCAACAGUGGCCCCACCGGCUACCAGCAGUCCCCUUUCUCCGAAAACCAGGAGACUCCCGGAGAGUAUCAACCGCCAACUUACUGAAAGACUGACGUUCCCAAAGUCCCAACAGAAAGGAGUGGAGGGUGUUAUUUGCCAAAGUCCCAUAACAGACACCUCCCUGCCCUCCUCGUUUCUCUCACUGGAACAAGCACGCUUUAUUGUGGUGAAUUAUUAUAUAUUUUUUAAUGAGUUGCUUCUCCGGGAGAGAAAAGGAGGGCCCCGCUUCUUUCUUGUCUUUGUCCCAAAACCACUUGAAAUCAGCCUCAGUGCGCAGUAUCAUAACAGAGGUUCGGAAAAUACCUCUCACACGGAUGUCCCCAUUAAAAAAAAAAAAAAAAAAAAACCCUCAACGGCAACAAAAAACUACCACUGUACUCCUUUAUUUUAUUUAAUAAUCACUAAGUAAUAGAUUUUGUGCACUGCAUCGGAAUCAGUCUAGGAAUAUUUUUAUUCUAUCUUAAUGUAAAUGGUUUUUGGUUGGGAGUCCUAUGUUUUUUGGGGGGAGGUGAGGGGGCUUUCAAGCCGAGUGCUCCAAACAUUUACUGUGCCAAGUCACAUAUUUAACAUUAGAAAUAUCUCAUGACACAGCAACAAACAAACCAAAAUGGCACAAAAGAUAACUAACAUCACUGUAGGGAAAAAAUCUUUUGCAUCUCCUUAAUGAGAAAUUCUCAGGAGAUUUAAAAAUGAACACCGGUAAUAUAAAAGUGCCGUCUUGCUCGAGUUAUCAAACAUCGCAUGGUAUAUACAUAUACCAUUGUGCACUAACAUCAACACACCACCUGCUAUGCGAAUUUAGUAUGACUGGUUACGGCUUCCCAAACUUUUUUUUUUUUUUAAGGUCUUUGUGCCAUGAGGAGGAGUGUUGUGGGUGGAAAUGAUUUUGUACACAAUGAACCUUCAUGGCUGUCCUCUUCCUUCUACAUGUAUGUCACACUAUUUUCCCCGUUUUCAUCUGAAAAACACAUCCAGACUUUCAAUCUUGAGGUGGCAUAAUGCUGUGUAACUCCUGCAGAGUGAUUUCUGAACACUUCCCAGACAGCUGAGGGAUUCAAGAGAGUACCUAGAUUUGUCCUCGUGCUAGUUUCAAUGCUCUGAAUUGCGUACAAAUAACAGAAGGCGCGGGAACAGACCAGUAGUAGCGAAUUGUGAAAAAUCCAAAAGCCCAUCAUCCUCUUAUUCGCUGUUUUUGUGCUCAAGACAAAGCAGUCACUUGCUUUGGUGCUACCUUGUCUUAUUCGUGCCAAGGAACUACAUCGAAGUGGUUUUCGGACCUUCAUCAGCCUAAAGUAGUUCUUUGCUGUUGCCGUUUGUCAUCGGUCUGGAAUUACAAACCUUGCACAUUUUUACUGCGUACUCAGCCCCGAACCUGCGUAUUCGGUUAUGAAUGGCAACUUCUAUGUACCUUAUGUAUGAUGGUGAAAGAGCACUUAUUGCUUCUGCCUAUCACUACAUGUUGCUAGUAGAGAUGGAUAAAUAUUAUUUAUUGAAGUCGCUAAUCAUUUUGAGACCAAUUAAGUGGAAUGGCAUCAUUUUUCAUGGCACAUUGGUGGUUGGCAAACACUGCUUGAAGGUAGAAGGGCCACAUGAUUUGAUUUGUGUAAUUUGUGUUGCUUUGCUUUUUUUUUUUUUCUGCACGUCGGCCACCAUUUGAUGACCGCAGUUCAUCUGGUCAGGCACAGGGCAAUCACCUAACUAACAUGCCACUUACUGCAUGAUGAUAUUUUUGCUUCUUUGGGACAGUUUUGCCUCUAUUGCACUGGAGAAAACACAAACUCAAGUGCCUGACACAGUAUUCUCUUUGCCAAAUAAUAAACAUUUUAAAAAGUUGGUUGCU